UAAUUAUUAAUACAAGGUUAAACGUUUCUAUAGAAACCGCCCUUCCACUGAUUCAUUUAUAUAUAGAUCAAACUACCUCUGAAAGAACAUUGUCCUUUUAAAAGUGCAACAGCAUUUUUCAAAUUCGAAAAAUAAAAUGCUGAAUCGCGCGGUUGAAAUAGUUCCUCCACCUCCGUUAAAAUUUACUUUACCCCAAUGGCAUCUAAAUAAUCGUCACAGGUAUCGAUGUUCGGAGGCUCAGCAGGAAUUAGCAGAUCGUUUACUUAAUGAAUCUCAGCGUAUUUGUGAAUUAAGUUCUGAGAGGGUACGAAACAAUAAAGAAGAAACGGACUAUAGAUUAAAAGAAAAACUCGAGGACAUCGAAUUUCGUAAAAAAGAAUUGCUGCGUAUAAGAAAAGAAGUUCUCCUUGAAAUUGAUGCUCUAUCGAUAUACAAGGAGCGCAUCAUGGAUGCUCUAUCGUCCGUGCGGAGAAAUGCUCUUGUCAUUUCCAAUAAAUGCCUCAGUUUUAGAGAGCAUAGAUUAGGAAUUGAUUUAGUCCACGAUGACGUUGAGAAAGAAUUAUUGAAAGAGUGUGAGGUAAUCAAAGGUGUUGAAAAUUUGCUAGUUCGGACUUUAGAACAAACUCAGGAGCAAAUACGUCGUCUUAAAGCGACGCUUUACUACAUGGAUCACGACCUCGAGGAUAAAGAAAAUAAUUUACGUAUCGACAAGUACAAUUUAACUUUGAAGGAAACCAGUUUAAAUUUAAGCACUUAUCACGGUACCUCACGCCUUGAUCCAUCAACUGUAGAGUUGAAUGAAUGGGAAAUGCAAACUAACAACAAUAUUAUUAAUGCUUCGAAAGAGGUGAAUAGUGCUAUACCAUUGCGCUGUUAUAUUGAUACCAUUAUAAAACAAGCGAUCGAUGAUUUAAAUGACCAGAAAAAUGCUACUGACGAAGCGUUCAGACGACGCAUCGAAGAAACGAGAGAAGCAAAAACUAAAUUAGAAUUACAACACGCUGAGAUAAUGCGACAAGCUGCGGAAAUGAAGAACAAUAUUACGCGCAUUGAGAAAUCAAUUGCAGAGAAGGAAAAUUUUUUGGCUUUGGCGCAUACAAGGCUCGGCAAUCGUUGUCAAAGGCCAGGAUUAGAACUUACACGAGAUCUAGUGGAAACUAAUCUUGUAAAGGAAGUAUAUGAUUUACAUGAAAUCGUAUCGAAACUGCAGGCAACUAUGUUCGAGGCUCAGGCAUCAUUACGUUAUUUACUCAAAACACAAAUUCAAGUCGAAGAAGAUAUCAACGUUAAAACAAACACGUUAAAAAUCGAUGAAGUUGACUGCAUGACUCUUCGUCAAAGCCUGGAUUAUCACGCAUAUUGAAUUAAUUCAAGCAUCGAAUAAUUCUAUUAAAAUUUUUAAAAUACAGAAAACAGUAAUGCUUACCCUUAUAAAUGCACUGCGGAUUUUUAUACAUUUAUAAAAAAUUUUAAAAUUCAAAAGUAGGA